AUGACGGGCGCCAUCGCUACCCCUCGGUAUAGCAACGACGACUUUGAGACAGCUUCGGUUCGUUCAGCUGCUCCUUCUUAUGUCUCGGAAGCUCCCUCAUAUCACUCAACAAACCCGUUUCCUGAGGCCCUGCCCUCAUACACCCCUCCAGUUCGAAACCAUGCGGUCGUGAGAAGCUCCAUGAUUCCUUCCAGCAGCGGCACAUCCACCCCCACUGCGCGCCAACAGACAAUCGGUCUACCUCCCGUGCCCGCAGCUCCUUUGCGAUCCCAGCCGAAUUUGAACAAUUUCCGUAUUGCGACGUGGUCAUCUGUAUCCAGCAAUCCCGCCGCCCGACACUACCAGAACGUUGCCAACCGGAGAUUGACAGCGCAACGUGAUCCCGUAGACAGCAUUCGUCGCGUCAUGUCUGAUAUCGCCGAACAGGAGCCAGAACGAUAUGUGACCAGACCUUUGGAGGAUCCCUACUUGGUCGGUGAGGUAGCUGCUUCUCGGGCCCGCCGAGAACGAGUUGCACGGGAGUCAGGGGAUGAUAUUCUGAUCCGAGAAGACCGCCAAUGGGACUGGUUCCUGGCUCGGAUGAAGGACUCGGAUGAGCGGCAGAGAAGCUGGAAUUCUUUCCGCCGGGAACAGGAUGUUGGGAGCCGUAAGAAGCUCUUCCGUCGUAUGGGAGGACGGCGUUUGUUGUGA